AUGUCUUGUUGUGGAACAAACCAUGAUGAAUUGAUUGAUAUCAAAAACGAUGAGUCACGGACAUUACCUCUUUCUCAACAAUUAUCAAAAGGAAUUAAAAUUGUUGUACUUGGUGAAAUGGCAACUGGAAAAACUUGUAUUUUACAUCGAUGGAUAACAAACGAAUUCACAAAUCAAACAGCCACUGUUGGGUGUGCUUUUAAUACAAAAACAAUUUCUUAUAAAAAUAAAAUCAUCAAAUAUGAAAUGUGGGAUGCUGCUGGACAAGAACGUUAUCGUUCACUAUCACAAAUUUAUUAUCGAGAUGCUACAGUUGCACUUCUUGUAUAUGACAUUACUCGUUUGGAAACAUUUAAUGCAGUAACUGAUUGGGUUGCUGAAUUAAAACAAAACACUUCUAAUAAUGUAAUGAUUAUGAUUAUUGGUAAUAAGUCUGACUUAAAAUCUUCUCGUCAAGUAAAUUCUGCUUCAGUUAAUGAAUUUAUUCAUUCGUCUAAUUCAAAUAUCAUUGGAAAUAUCGAAUGUAGUGCUAUGACUGGGGAAAAUAUAUCUGUUAUCUUUGAUACCAUAUCGGAUAAACUGUUAUCCUUAUGUUAA